AUGGCAUAUCCAGGUUUCUGGUCAUUUCUGUUUUCUUUGUUAGACACAGUGUCGAUUCAAAAUACUAGAUUUACUGUACAACAUGAUCCUUCCACUACUACAAUUUCUUCGGAAAUCACUAAUAUUAGUCAAAAACCGCGUAACAGAUAUGAGAUUCUCCUCUUAACUGAAUGUGUCGCCAUACAGUCCAUUAUAAAUAUCACGGUGGAAGAUGAGGAAAAUAACAUAAGUUCAACUAUGUAUCUCAAUAGAACCUUGCAAAAUAAGAUCAUUGUGAAUGGCACAUGUGAACAAAAAAGACAGGAUUUGACAGUUUCAUGGUCGCCAAAUGUCGAUUUCUUAGACUGGAAACUUAUAUUUGUGUUUGGAGAGGAUUCUGAAAGAUAUGAUCUGGAAAGCAUAGGUAUUACUUAUACUGUUGAUAAAGGCAGUGAAAUUGAUGCUAAUACAGAUAGAGGUUUGUUCACGAUUCCUGUCGGUGGAUACUAUGAAUGUGCCAAUCAUUUACAUAGAGAACUAUUCGUGGACGAUAAUGAUAAUAUAAAAGUCAAUAUUUAUUUUUUAAACUCAUCAAUGGAAGCAUUCAGACUUGAAAAUCGUUCAGAAUUUAUGGGUCUUGGUACGAACUGGAAAAAAUCCCGAAUAAAAUGCUCGGUAUGUUUUAUGACAUUAUCUAUUAUUGAACCAUCAUAUUAG